AUGAACCCUAUGGCGCUAGGAGGCGCGGCGGCAGCAGCAGCAGCGGCGGCGGCGGCCGGUUUGGAGGGCGGAGGCGGAAGCAUGGGGCCCCGCCGAACGCGGAGCCUUGACGUCGCGCAGCUGCAGCUUUUGGGGCCGGGGGCGGCGGCUGCGCUGGCUGCGGUGGAGGAGGCGGAACGGGCGGAAGGGGAAGCGGAAAUGGGAGGCGGAGGGUCGCUUGCGAGGCUUAUGGCGGGGAGAAUGGGGCCGGGUGGUUUGGGCGGAGGAAUGGGCGGAGGGCUGGGCGGGGAUAUGUACGGGGGAAUGGCGGGGGAUGUGUAUGGGGGAAUGGGUGGGGGAAUGGGAGGCGCGAUGGGUGGUGGAGGGGGAGGAAUGGGGAUGAAUGGGGGGAUGGGCGGGAUGUUGGGGGGAGGAUAUGACGAGAGUGGUCUGAUGGGAGGCGCAGAUUAUUCGGCUAUGAUGGAUGGCGGGCAGAUGGGCAUGAUGGGGAGCAACAACAUGGCAGGGGCUAGAGGCCAUGGUGCUGCAGGACCGACAUUUGCAGACUCUCCUUUCUUUGCGCGCCUCUGUCGCACGCGCGCUUCCCCCUCGCCCCUCUCCCCCCUCGCUCGCCGCCGCACCACAUCCCUCAACGCUGCUCUAGGCUCCCAACUCGCCGCUGCUGCAGUAGCUCACACCGCCGCUGCAGGCGCAGGAGGGGGCGGAGGCGGAGGGGGGGGAUUAGGGCAGACCUGGGGAAUGAUUGCGGAAGGGGAAGGGGGGCUCGAUGGGGGAGCGGACGUCUCUAUGAUCUCCGCGGGUGGUGGGAGUAAGUCGGGUUAUAUGGGCGGGGGUGCGCCUCCCCGCCCUCUCCCCCAGCUCUCCCCCACACGCGCUGCCGCACUUGCCCAUGCCGCCGCCGCUGCUGCAGCAGCUGCUGCUGCAUCAGGAACAGUAGCAGGAGGAGGGAUGGGGGGAGGGGGCAUGGGAGGCAUGGGGGGCAUGGGAGGGGGUGGGAUUCCAGGUUAUAAUCUAAGUGUGCUGGGAAUGAAUGCGCGUGACUUGGCCAACACGCUAGCGCGCACGUCCAGCGCGCCUCCCUUGGGCAAUCUCACAGAGCUGGAGCAGAUGUGCCUAGCAGUAGAAUCAUCCGCGCAAGGAAACCCUAAUGCUGCUGCAGCUGCCCUUGCUGCAGCCGGUGCUGCCAGCAUGGGCAGCACCUCUGCUGCUGCUGCUGCUGCCGCCGCUGCUGUUGCUGCUGCUGGUGGUGGGGGAGGAGGAGGGGGAGGGUGGCCUCCCCCAACCCCGCCUGGAGGCGGGUCGGGGGGUCUUUCCGCUGCUGCUACGUCUGCAGCCAUCGCAGCACUUGCAGGGGGUAAGGGCGCAGCGCAGCACCUGCAGGGCUACCCGCAAUGGGGCUUGGGGGGCGGGUCAGGCGGAAUGGCGGGGUUGGCGGGGGGCGGGGGGGGGGCGCAUGGGGCUAGGCGCGCAGGCGGGGGCGGAGGGGGAGGGGCUAGUGCAACGAGUGGGGGGCAGUCGAGCAGCGGGGCAAGCUCGUUAGUGAGCAUGGGGGAGGAGAACAGCGCUGGGGCGCAGCUGGAUCCGCAUCAGCAGCAGCAGAGAAAAAAGGUUGGGGGGCGAGCGCUGCAGCACAACCAGCUGUCGAGAACCAGUAGCUGCCCGCCCUUGAAACAAGGACUUGCUGCUGCCAUGGCUGAGAUGCCUCCGGGGGAGGCGGACAUGCUACAGGCGCUGCUCAACCGCAAGAGGCGCCGCCUGCCCGCCACUGCAUCGGAUGUCAUGGCGCACAUGGGGCAGGGGGGCAAGAUUCCUGGAAACCCCACUUCAGGGGAGGGAGACGCAGGGGGGAAGGAGGUAGAAAUGGCUGAAGGGGAGCAAGGGGGUAGGGAAGCUAUAUUACGGGGACAGGGGAGUCUCAGUGCAGGGGCGAAAAUGCACAUGGGGGGCGGGCGCAGUGGGGGUGUGGGGAAGGCUGGGGGAGGAGAGGGAUGGGGUGACGAUGGGUGGGGGGAGGAGAGGGAGGUGGUGCAUGUGCGGGCGAGGAGAGGGCAAGCAACGGACAGCCACAGUAUUGCGGAGAGGAUGCGGAGGGAGAAGAUCAGUGAUCGCAUGAAGGUGCUGCAGGCGCUCGUUCCCAGCUGUGCCAAGGUGACAGGCAAGGCAGUGAUGCUGGACGAGAUCAUUAACUACGUGCGCUCGCUGCAGCUGCAGGUCGAGCUGCUGUCCAGCAAGCUAGCAGCCAUGGACUAUGGCAACCUCGCUUCGCUUGCCGACCCCUCUGCAUUUGAGGACAUGGACGACGACGAAGCUGAGGCGGCAGCAGCGGCGGCAGCAGCCACCGCCAUUGCAGCAACAACGCUAGCCGCAGGAGGAGGACCCGGCAUGGCGGCACGGGGAGCAGGAGGCAUGCGGCUGGAAGGACAUCGGGGGAGCGGUGACAUGUCCAGUGCAGGGGGAAAUGGGUCCGGGUGGAAUGAUGAAGGACUGCUGAAAGCAGGGAUGGGGGAAGGAGCGGCAGGAGGGGUGGGAGCAGAUGGGAGUGACGCAGGAGCAGGGAAGGAUGGUUCUACCAGUAACCAUGACUUGCUGGCGCAGUAUUUCCGGCAGCAGGGGCCCAAGGACGGGCACACGGGGAGUGGCUUGAGCGGUGGUGCUGCUCGUUCCGCCAGCAGCCAGGGGGGAGAGGGCAGGGCGGAAGGCGGGGGAGCAGUGGCAGGAGGCAAUGUGAAGGAGGAGGUGGUUCCGGAAGGGGGUUCAGUGCAUGUGGAUGGGGGGGGGUUGAGGGGAGGAGUGGAGGGAGGGGAGGGGCAGGAGGUGAUUGGCCCGCUGGGCGCGUCGCAAUUUGAAGGGCUGGAUGAGGACGGGGAGAUGUUAAUGGAUAUGCUCUUAGCGAGGAUGAGUGGUGGGCUGCAGGACCUGUCUCUGCAGGCCUCUCUGUCCAACUCCCUGGCUGCUGCUGCUGCUGCCGCUGCUGCUGCCACUGCCUCUGGGUCUGCUGCAUCUGCUCCUGCUGGGGCUGCUUCGGCAGCGGGGGGAACAGGAGCGCCAGAGUCCACUCAGAACAUGGAGGGCGCUUCAGUCAAUCGAACCACCAGCACCGCGCUUCGCGCCCUUCCGCGUCUCGUCCCGCUCCUCGACUCCGCUCUCCCCGUCCCACGCCGAGCCGCAUCCUCCGUCGCGCCCGGCUCGUCCGCGCCGACUGUGGCGGAUCGCGCUGUGCGCUUCACCGCGAUCGACGCGGACGGGCACCGCCACGCGGUGACGGGGCUGGCGGGGCGCACGCUGCUGUCUGCGCUGAUCCGCUCCAAGGUUGAAACCGUGGAGCGGCAUCAGCUGGAGGAGCUGGAUUCGUGCAACGGCAACUGCCAAGGUGCGUGCGCGCAUCGCGCGCACAGGCGCAUAGUGUCGAUAGCGCAGGAGUGGCUGGACAAGCUGCCACCGCGGUCGCAGGCAGAGGAGGAUCGGCUGCGGCAGGUGUCAACCGAUGGGCAGGUGACGCGCAGCAGUAGGCUCGGGUGCCAGGUGCACCUGAACAAGGACCUGGAGGGCAUGACUGUGGGCGAUCUGGUCGUCCUUGCGACGCCUGAUGGCCGCCUGUAUCGCAUGCGUCCCUCGGCGAACGGUCGAGAGACUUUGUUUUCCUCCGAUGAUGCUCCACACGCCGACAGUUCGUACCCGCCUGAAGCCAUGCUGGUGGUCCUUCAGUCCGAUUGCAAGCGCUACUUCGGCUUCCGCUCCGUGGCUGCGGAAGGCAAGAUCAUGCAGGCGGGUAAGGACCUCAAGAUGCGAGCAGGGAACUACAAUUUCAAGACGUGGGAGCACUGGCAGGUGGAGCCGUCUCAGGUGUCCCGCUCCGUGCAGGCGUCACCAGCCAAGGCUGCUUCUGGGGCGGCGGCGGCGCCGCCGCCCACUCCGCUCUUCUCGCUCACCAACCGUCAGUUCCCCUUGGUGCGCCUGAAUAUGCGGAUAGAGCGCGCGGUUGCGCUACCCGAGUCCAGCGCCAAGCGCUUGGCGCUCAUGGAGUUCGCGGGCGCCUCCGCCUUUGACGCGCAACCGGAAUUCCCCGCCACCCCCGGCGGCAGAACCGGCGGGGGGAAGGGCGAGCAGGAGGAGGAGGUCAAGGGGGUGGUUGCUGCGGAAUCGGGAAAUGCAAUUGCGCGCGCGUUGGCGGAAGAUGACGCCGUGCGCGCUAAGGAGGAGCUGGCGGCGCUGCGGGAGGAGAACCGCCUGCUCAUGGAGCGCGCGGUGGAGGCGGAAAAAGCAGCGGAAUCCGCCAAGUUCAGCGCGGAUGUCGCCAUGAAGCUCGCGCAGGAGUGCGCGGAAGGCCGCGCGAGCGGGCUGGUGGGCGGAGAAGCAACCGCCGCCUCCGGCGCGGGCGCAGCCACCGCGGACGCCGCCUCGAGCGAGAUGAAAACCGCUUCCGCUGACCUGCCGGGGCUGGGGGGAAUGGGCGGAAAGGUGUUUGAGCGGAAGCUAGCGAAGAAGUUCCCCGCGUCAUAUGUGCCGGGCGUUGGGGAAAGCGAGGAGCCGAGCGGGCGGAUGGGGUCGGGCACGUGGGCGGAUCUUGUGGAGACGGAAACGCGGCUUUCCGCGGAGGCGGAAGCCGCCGCGCAGAAGAUGGCGGAGGAGCAAUUGGCUGCGCUGCGCGCGGAGCUAGAGGGGAAGAUUGAUGCGCUCCAGCGGGAGCUGGAGGAGGAGAGGGCGCGGGCGGACGCGCGCGUGGCGGCGGCGAUGGGGGCCGCAUCGGGGCCCGCUGGGAUGAAGCUUAGAAAGGCGGCUGCCGCCGCUGCCGCGGGUAAUGGAGUGAGCGGUGAGGGCGAGGGGACGUCGGCGCUGGUUUCCGCGAGCUCGUGGGGUGAAGGUGGGGGAGAGUGGGUGGGCGGGGAGGGCGAGGGGACUGCGGCGGUGACUGCUGCAGAGUCGCUGCAGGGAGCGCGGGAGAAGCAGGAGGAGGAGAGGAGGAAGGAGGAUGAGGCGAAGAAAGCGAGGAUUGCGGAGUUGGAGGAGGAGGUGGGGCGGCUGUCGGGUGAGGCUGUCGCGCUGAGGGAGGAAGCGGAGCGAUUGAAGGGUGAGGAGAAGAAACUCAUUGAGGAAGGUGAGAGACUGAGGGCUGAGGAGAAGAAACUGAGGGGUGAAGAGAAGAAGCUGAAGGAGGAGGGAGAGAAGCUGAGGGGCGAAUUGGCAGCACUGACGUCGCGUGAGGUGGAGUGGAAGAAAGCGGAGUCCAAGUGGAAGCAAGUGGAAGAGGAGGGGAAGAAGAGUCAGCAACAGGCGGCAGCUGUUGAGGAGCAGCUGCAGCGCGUGCAAGCCGAUCUGGACGCUGCCCGGCAAGAGAAGGCCGCAGCUGAGAGCAAAUGGGCAGAGGAGGCGAGCGAAAAAGACAAGGCAGCGAGCAAGGACGCGGAGAGCAGCAGGAGGAGAAUCGCGGGGCUGGAGGAGGAAGUUGCGCGGCUGCAGGCGGAGGCGGAGGCGCUCAAGCGGCGCGCGGAGGAGAUGGAGCAGCGGGAGCUGAGAUGGCGCGAGGAGGAGCAGCAGCGGCUGCAUGAGGCGCAGAAGGGAUCCGAAGCCGAGGAGAGGGUGAAGGCGCUGGAGUGUAGACGUCAGGAGCUGGAGAGCCAGUGCGUGCGGCAGGGGCAUGAGCUCGCGGAGGUGCAGGCCCGGGCGGCGCAGCUGGCGGAGGCCCUGGAGCAGCAGCGGAUGCACGCAAUGGAGAGCGAGAGCAGGGCGGAAGCCGCCGCGCGGAGCCUGGAGGAGGCGGAAGGGAAGGCGGCGCUGGCGCAGCAGCAGGUUGAGGGGCUGAGCGCGCAGGUGGCGGGGCGGGGGGAGGAGGUGGGACGGCUGGAGGCGUGGCUGGGGGAACUGAAGGGACUGCUGGAGCAGCGGGAGAGGGAAAACGCGGUGCUGGUGGCUCAGGUGGAGGCGGGGGAUGCGGAGAAGGGGCAGCUGCGCGCGCAGGUGCAGGAGGAGCAGAUGGCGCGGCAGAUGCAGGCGCAGAUGCAGGCCCAGGUGGAGGGGCAGGUGCAGGAGAUGCAGACGCAGCACGUGGGCGAGGUGCAGCAGCUUCAGGCGCAGAUGCAUAAUUUGAUGCAAGAGAACUCGCUGCUUGCUAACCAACUCUCAGACCUGCAAGACGCCAUGGCAAAGCAGCAGCAGCAGCACCAGGAGCAGGAGCAGCAGAGGCUGGCAGAAGCUGCAGCUGCAGCCCCCCCUGCUGCCACCACGCCAACAGCAGCCAGCAUCGCAGCAGCAGCAGCUGCAGCAGGCGGUGGAAAGGGCAAGUCGGCGAGGGAGGUUGCACUGGAGGGGCAGUUAGCGGCGCUGAGGGCACGCGGGGAUGAGAGCAGGCGCUUGCGGGUGAAGCUCAACGAGGCUGAGGCAAGGCUGCAGGACGCACAGAGCAAGCACAAGCAGCAGUUGUCAGCCAAGGAGCAGCUGCUGGCGUCCGUGCAGAAGGAGCUCACCGGAGCAAAGGCGCAGCUAGCCACUGCUGAGCAGGAGGCAGCCAAGAUCCACGCUCUGGAGGCGGAGCUUGCUCGCCUCCGCUCCCUCAAUUCGUCCCUCCAGAAGGACCUGAAGCAGUUGCGUGCAUCUGCUUCCAAGCAGUCUCAGCCUGCACCGGGGGCAGCAGAGGCGGCACCUGGCAAGGCAGACACGGAGGACGGAGAUAAGGGUUCAGCAGGGGAGCCUGCUGGUGUGACAGCAGCAGGAGAUGCAGGGGAGGAGCAGAAGCGGGCAAAGUCUGGGCGGCGCAAGUCGGCCACCAAAGCCCUGCCGUCGUCCAACGGCGCCUCAGCUGCUGCUGACAUUGCCGCUGCAACUGCUGCUGCGGAUGCAAAGCAGGGGGUUGAAAAUGGUGUGUUGCCUUCUCCUUCUCCUGCCGCCGCUGCGUCGGUCACUACCCCGACUGCUUCGUCUGCUGCUGGGAGAAAUGGCCGGUUGACGAAGCGAGGGGGGGCAUUGCGUCGCAGCUCCAGCGUGGACGCAGGCAAGCAAGGCAAGAAGGGCCAGGGCGCGGGAUCGUUAGCGCGGAAGGGUACUUCAGGAGUGGAUGCAGAUGCCAUUGCUCAGAUUGAAGCGAUGAUUAUGGAUGACUCGGUUACUGCCAAGGAAAUGGCUGGGCAGCUGAACUCGCAGAGGCUGACGGGUCUGUCCUCGGCGCUGAUCAACGCCCUGCCCUUGCCGGCGAGCCUGAAGCGCGAGGAGAGGACAGCGCAGCUUGUGAAUGACGCCAUGGAUUCAUUAACAGCCCCUCUCCUUCACAAACCUCUAGAAAACGCGGUUGCGGAACCCGCGGGCGACCGAGUAGCCACCGCGAAUGGCGCCGCUAUGAACGGCGCGAGCGACGGCGAGGAUCACUUGGAUGACGUGGUGGUUCUGCGCCGUUCCACGGGGAAUUUGGCUGGACUCGGCGCUGCAUCCGGAGGGAAAGGGGGGAAGGGCGGUGUCGGCGGAGGCAGGGCGGAAGAGGCCGCGAUGCUGAGCGGAGGGCACGGGGGUGGGGGCGGGGGAUUGUGGAGCGCGGUGUUCAAUCUGGCGACGACGAGCGUGGGCGCGGGCAUUAUGGCGCUUCCCGCUACUGUCAAGGUGCUGGGCCUUCCGUUGGGGCUGUUGCUGAUUGCGCUCAUGGGCGCGCUGACGCACAGCGCGGUGCUGAUCAUAGUGCGCCUGGCGGCCGCCACCAACUCGCCGUCGUACGGCCACCUCAUGGGCACGCGCUUUGGCGAGCGCGGGCGCGUGCUGUGCGAGGUGAUGGUCAUGCUACAGGCUCUGGGGUCGCUCAUCGUGUAUCUCAUCAUCUCUGCGGACGUGCUGUCAGGCACGUCAGAGGCGGGUGGCAUGGUGCACCACGUGGGGCUGCUGGAGGAGCUGGCAGGAGGGCCCACGUGGUGGAACGGCAGGGCCGUGGUGCUGCUCGCUGUCACCACCCUCGUGCUGCUGCCACUCGUGCUGCUCCGCCGCAUAGACUCCCUCAUGGCCACGUCAGCACUCUCAGUGGGCCUAGCAGUGCUCUUUGUGCUCUUCACAGCAGCAGCAGCGGUGGUGCGCGUGGUGCAGGGGCGGCUCCCCCCCCUGCGCAUGGUACCGGACGUGUCGUCAUGGCAGUCAGUGCUGCUCAUCUUUACCGUCGUGCCUGUCAUGACCAACGCCUUCAUCUGCCACUACAAUGUCCAGCCCAUCUACCGCGAGCUCAAGGACUCCCCCUCCUGCGUAGCCCCAGCGGCCACCAUGGAGCGCGCAGCAGGGCUGGCGCAGGUGAUCUGCACGGCGCUGUACGGCACCACGGCGCUCUUUGCGUACCUGCUGUUUGGGGAUAGCACUGCUGCUGAUGUGCUCGCUAACUACGACCAGGACCUGGGUCUCAGCCAGGCCAUGGACGACAUAGUGCGGGUGGGCUACAUAGUCCACCUGCUGCUCGUCUUCCCCAUCGUGCACUUCCCCUUGCGCCUCACCGCCGACAUCCUGCUCUUCCCCAAGGCGCGCCUGCCGCUGUGGCGCUCGCAGCGGCGCUUCUUCUGGCUCACGGCGGCCACCAUUGGAUUCAUCCUCGCGUGCGGCGUGCUCGUGCCCGACAUCUACGCGCUCUUCUCGCUGCUCGGGGCCAUCGUUGCUGUCUCCAUCGGCUUCACCUUCCCCGCACUCCUCGCUUUGCUAACCCCAGGGCUAACGUUUACAUGCACAGAGAGAGUGGCGGUGUGGAGCAUGCUCGUGGUGGGCGUGGCAGUGAGCAUCACGGGCGUGGCAUCAGACGUCAUUGUCGCCUGCCAGUGGCUUUCGCGCCUCCACCAACCCCCCUCCGACCCACACCUGCCGUCGCCCAAUGCGCCGCUAUUCUUGCAGUCUUCCAUUCCACUUGCUGGACACUCCUAUCCGACGACCGUCGCGCGCAUUUCGCCCAACGGGGAGUGGGUGGCGUCCGCCGAUGUGAGCGGAACGGUGCGCGUGUGGGGGCGCGGCGGCGAGCGGCGGCUCAAGUACGAAUUGAAGGCUCUUAACGGGCCGAUCGACGAUCUGCAGUGGUCGCCAGACGGCCAGAGGAUCCUGGUGUGCGGCGACGGCAAGCCCACCUACGUGCGCGCGUUCACCUGGGAUUCGGGCGGAAAUUUGGGCGAUUUCGAGGGCCAUACCAAGCGCGUGCUCAGCUGCGCGUUCCGCCCCGCGCGCCCGUUCCGCGCGUUCACGUGCGGAGAGGACUUUGCAAUCAACUACUAUGAAGGCCCGCCGUUCCGCUUCAAGGCUUCCAAUAAGGAGCACGGCAACUUUGUGAACUGCGUGCGCUUCUCCCCGGACGGCGCGCUGCUGGUGUCCGUGUCGUCGGACCGCCAGGGGCAGCUGUUCGACGGCAAGACGGGCGAGAAGCGCGGCACGCUCAGCGCGGACGACGCGCACACGGGCAGCGUGUACGCCGCCGCGUGGAGCCCCGACGGCAAGCAGUUGCUGACAGUGUCAGCAGACAAGACGGCCAAGGUGUGGGACGUGGCAGCAGACGGCAGCACGGCCACCGUCGCCACCACCUUCCCGCUGGGCUCCUCCGUAGACCACAUGCAGGUGGGGUGUGCAUGGGUGGGAGAGCACCUCAUAACCGUCGCCCUCAACGGGGACAUCCACUUCCUCUCGCCCGCAUCCCCCUCCGCACCACUGCGCACGCUCGUGGGCCACUGCAAGCCCAUCACCGCACUCGCACUCUUCUCCCCGGGAGGAGGGGACGCGGCGGGCGCGCCCACAGAGCUCGUGACAGGCAGCUAUGACAGCACGGUGGUGCGCUGGAACAUCGAGACCGGGUCGCUUGGUCGGAUGGAGGCACCUGCUGCUGCUGCCGCUGCUGCUGCUGCUGCUGCUCCGGGUGCUGCUGCUGGAGGUGUGGCGGCCAUGGCAGCAGCGGGCAGCACGCUCUUACUCGCAUGCAAUGAUGAUACCGUUCAGCUGCUGAACCUCUCGGACCUCACGCCGAUCGCUGACACGCCAACAAUUGCACUUGGAGCGCACCCCAAGGACAUCAGCAUCGCACCACACGACCCGGACCUCGCCCUCCUCACCACCGCCUCGGGCCUCACCCUCCUCCGCUCCUCCAAGCUCCUCUCCUCCAUCACUCCCGCCUUCACAGCCACGGCUGCUGCUCUCUCCCCCGACGGCAAGGAGGCGGCGGUGGGAGGGGAGGAUGGGGUGGUGAGAGUGUUCAGUGUGACGGGGGAUACGCUGGAGGAGGUGGCGAAGCUGGAGAGGCACCGGGGGCCUAUUACCGCUGUGCGCUACUCGCCGGAUGGGUCCAUGCUGGCCACUGGGGACCAGAACAGGGAGGCUGUUGUGUGGGAUACCGCCACACGAGAGGUGAAGAUGCGCAACAUGGUGUACCACACGGCGCGCAUCAGCACUCUCGCAUGGUCCCCAGACUCAGCGCGUGUGGCCACAGCCUCACUCGACAUGUCCAUCCUAGUCUACGACGUCAGCAAGCCGCCCUCCGACCGCGUCACGCUCAAGAACGCGCACGUGGGCGGCGUGUCGGCGCUCGCCUUUGUGGACGCCACCACCAUUGUGUCUGCCGGCAACGACGCCUGCGUCCGCAUCUGGUCGCUUCCGUAG